AAUUCGAAAAGCUCAAACCUAAAUUUCAAAAUGUUCUGAUUGGAGAUGGUUCGCGUCCAGAGUAAAAACUUUUCAAAGUUUACUACCCCUCCUCAGGCCAUUUUGAGUAUACUCUUCUUUCCAACCUCUGGCCACACCCGCACUCCCGAAAUCUCUCUUAUAGCCAAUUUUCAUUCUCAUCAGAUUUAUUAUGUGAUAUGUACAAACCAAGUAUCCAAACAACCAAGCUGACCCAGAUAUACACCUACAUACAUAUGCAUAUAUGCAAACGGCAAUAACAGGCGCAACACAAAGCAACCGAGAUCUAGAGUCAUGCAGGUCGAAUGCCGCCAGAGAGAUCAGCAAGCCAGGCUGUGAAGAAGGCCCCCAACCGAGCGAAGCUUCCACGCAUGCGAAGAUCCACUGAGUCCACCUGGAGCAGAGUCCAAGACAAAAGGUAGCAGCGAUGGCGGAGAGCAGCGGCAGCAGCCAGAACACCCGCCUCGCAGCCGAUGGAUCGCCCUACAUCCGCACCAUCGAGUGGGACAUGAUGAACAAGACCAAGUUCUUCCCGCUCUCCAUGCUCAGCUCCUUCUCGGUGCGCUGCUGCCUGUUCCCGCUGACGGUGAUCAAGACGCAGCUGCAGGUGCAGCACAAGAGCGAUGUGUACAAGGGCAUGGUGGACUGUGCCAUGAAGAUCUACAAGUCGGAGGGCGUGCCGGGUCUCUACCGAGGCUUCUGGAUCUCCUCUGUGCAGAUCGUGUCCGGGGUGUUCUACAUCAGCACCUACGAGGGCGUGCGCCACGUGCUCAACGAUCUGGGCGCCGGACAUCGGAUGAAGGCCCUCGCCGGCGGCGGCUGUGCCUCGCUGGUGGGCCAGACCAUCAUAGUUCCUUUCGACGUGAUAUCCCAGCACGCCAUGGUGCUCGGCAUGUCCGCGCACGCCGGCUCCAAGGGCGACAUUAACCCGCUGGGCAUCAAGUCGUGGCCCGGUCGCAGUCGCCUGCACAUAUCCAUGGACAUCGGCCGGGAGAUAAUGCGGCGGGAUGGCUUCCGGGGCUUUUACCGGGGCUACACCGCCAGCCUGAUGGCCUACGUACCUAACUCGGCCAUGUGGUGGGCCUUCUAUCACCUCUAUCAGGACGAGCUGUUCCGCAUCUGCCCCGUUUGGGUCUCCCAUCUGUUUAUCCAGUGCGUGGCCGGCAGCCUGGGUGGCUUCACAACGACAAUACUAACCAAUCCAUUAGAUAUAGUGCGGGCGCGUCUGCAGGUCCAUCGCUUGGACUCGAUGAGCGUCGCUUUCCGGGAACUGUGGCAGGAGGAGAAGCUGAACUGCUUCUUCAAGGGUCUGUCCGCCCGCCUGGUGCAGUCGGCAGCCUUCUCAUUCAGCAUUAUCCUAGGUUACGAGACCAUCAAGCGCAUAGCCGUGGACGAGCAGUACAAGCACCAGAUCCGCUGGUGAAGAGCGCACAAUCCCCAGCCAAACUGAAACCAACUCAAAACUGCAUUUACGCGACGUACUGAGAACCACCACGAUUGUAAAUAUCAAGAGCGAGAGGAAGUAUCAGAGGAGGAGCACAGGUUAAUUAGUUGAAUUGCCAACGAUAGCGAAUUAUGAAAUCAUCGAUGGCGGACGCAUCGAGGAUGUACUUUUAGUAGGACGUUUCAACCAUAUGCUUGCGGCUAGGAUGUUCGAGUAACGCAACUCAAUAUGCAAAUACCCAAAGUGUUGUAGCUUAAAGUGUACAUUACUUUUGUUAUACUUAGUCGUUUUAUACCUAACACGUGAAGAGGCCUAUCGGCGACAAGCAUAAUUUAUUAUACACAUAACUAUAACGAUAACUAUAACUAUAACUAUAACUAUAACUAUACUUGUACUUGUACGUAAUUGAUGAUGAUGAUGUUGAUAAUACUGUUGAUUACAUUGGUAGCCCAAUUACUUUUACACAACUUAGCACAGCAAUGUUUGCGCCAAACAAAAUACCACAAAACUGGACAUGCCGGAUUAGUAACUAAUAUCGAUACAGGGUCGACCCUUCCCACUGUUGGGGUGGCACUUCCUAGGCUAAGCAUUCGUGUCUGUGUUCUCUGAGUGGAUAACCUAGAUUUAGUCUGCAUUGUAAUAAAGUACAAACCAAGAAUUGUUACAUUUUUGGCACUGUGAAAUAUGAAA